AUGUGGGCUCGCUGGCUUCUACUGCUCGCCUGCUGGACCCCGAUUCACGCGACAAAUACCGUAUCCCGGAACGUCGAAGGAAGCAUGGGUGGAUUGCGAGAUGAAACCGGCGCGGUCGUCGCUAACGUGGCCCGACGGAAUGCAAACGGUGUGGACGCCGGCGGUGAUGUUCCACUUCAAAUCCGAGAAACGAGAAACAUGCAUCGUGUGCAAGUGCCACAAGAUUUGGCCAACCGACAUUCAUCCAAUCCACGGCUGGGCAUGGGACGGCAAGCCGGAGGACUGGGAGGCCCGCAUUGGCAAGUGAUCGACGAAGAAACUGAACCCGAUGCCGAUGUUUGGCGCCAGUACUACAGCUUAUAUCCGGAAAACGUGAACCUCACGGAGCACGUGUACCCUCCCUGGUUCUCUCCCACAAAAUUCACCAACGCCACCGUGCAGCCUGAUGAUAUACCCUUCGAGACAUACUAUUAUACCGGGAUGAUCAUCGCCAUUCCG